GUUUUCGAGCAACGCUUAGAGGAGGAUCGGGAAGAUGACGACAUCGUCGAAAGAGCCGAGGAAGCCUCUCCGGAGACCAUGUCUUUCGAACAGGAAACAACAGACAACAACGAUAAGUCACCCACCUUAAGAAUCGUUCCUGAACUCAUCUCGGAAGAUGACUCGUGGGAGAAGAUCGACUUCCCCAAUGCGGGCGAAUCUCAGGAGAGCAUUUUCUACCGAGAUUUCGCUCGCGUGAAGAAACGUUGGCUCUCGUUGGACUCCGCUUACAUAGCCAAAGCUUUCCCAGACAUCGUCGAAGAAAUCCGCGAUCUCUCUCUGAGAACCGCGGGGGUUCUAUGUGCCGUUCUGACGUGUCUCUUCUGUGUGCCCCUACCUUCAUUCAUGCAAGGCUUCAUCAUAGCCUCACUGCUCUGUUGGACCUACAGCAUCAUAUCCGGUUUUCUCUGGCCGCCCGAGCUCGCCUCGAGGAAGAUUCCGGACGCCACUGGAGCGCCGAACAGUAUGCUGCUAAUGCCACGGACCCAGGAGAUCGGGUUCCUCGAAGGCUGGUUGAAUGCACUAUCCGCAGGAGAGCCGUACGAUGUGAGAACUCAUCUGGGCAGUCACUGCCAUUCCGUGCACGUUCGUUUGACGGGGACAACGCUCCGUAUCCGAACGCCGAAAGAAAAACUCCCAAGACGCGCGAUGUGGAACGAAAAGCACAAAGACAUAAAUUCGGUUGUAUGGCUGGGAAAGCAAUGGUUCCUCGAAUUGGAGGGAGCUACCGUAGCGUUGCUGCCAGAAGGCCUGUCUGCGACACGUAUCUGGAACAAGAAAUAUCCAAUCGCAAUCAGCGUUCCGGGGCAAGGCACCGAGGAAGCCAAAGAAGUAUUUCUGUUCGCUAGAACAUGCCGUGAUAAGGAACAUUGGUUCCGUCUCUUGAAGAACGCUAGCGAGCUUCACCUGAAAAACCAGAUCAACCGCACUCUAGACGCAGAAAAGGAGGAGGAAUCGGCGAAGAGCAGGGAUGAGAGUGAUAGCCCCACGGCCUCUCCCGCUGUCAACUUCCUCGUGUACAUGAACAACUUAGCUUUAUACAACAGAGUUUCAUCAGACAAAUCACCGGACGAAAAGAAAACAUUCGCGAUCCAACCGUCUUGUCCAUCAAUGGUACUUGAGUACCGCGACGGAGAUACCCAAUGGGUGAAUCUCGUCGUCGGUAGAAUUCUCUACGAUUUCUUCACCCAGCCUCGGUGGGCGGAGGCUGUACGGGCCAAGUUCCAGAAGAAACUGUCGAAAAUCAAAGUGCCCUUCUUCAUGGAGGAACUCACUAUCACAGACAUCGACCUGGGAGAGUCCAUACCCUUGAUCCGGAGGACAUCCUCAGCGGUUCACUGUCCCAACACCGGCGUUUGGCUAGAUCUCGAACUCGCUUACAACGGGAAUUUCCAAGUCACCGUCAAUACUAAACUCAAUCUCAUGAAACUGAAAAAGCAAGGUCUGCAUGAUAAACCCAUCGCUGCCGGCACUGAACAAGAAAUGCAGGAGAUGACGCUUUCGAUGGAUUUGAGUCACGAUGACGAACCCCCCUCCGAGGACGACGAUGAUGACAUCAGCAGCGGCCCCCAGCCAAAUGACGCCGAGCUGGAGGAAGCACAGGGUGCAACUUCCAAAAGAAUCCUAGACAUGGUGGACCGUAUUUCGCAGUGGAGUUUAUUCCAGCAGGCUACGGAUACAGCCUACGUGAAGAGGAAGAUGGAGGAGUUCUCCAACACCGACUUGAAGCUCACCAUCCAAUUAACUUCACUCGUCGGUCGUUUGGCUUUGAAUAUACCUCCUCCGCCAACUGACCGCUUGUGGUAUGGAUUCCGGAGUGUGCCGAGGAUCGAGUUCAAGGCAACCCCUCAAAUGGGCGUUAGAGAAAUUUCGUUCAAGCAGAAGCUGGCCGCUGUAAUAGAAAGAGCGUUGUUCCAAGAAUUCCAGCGGGUUCUCGUGAUGCCGAACAUGGACGACCUCCAACUGGAGCUCAUGGAAAGCGACGUAUAAUACAAACCGGACAUUUGGUUUCACUCACCGGAAUAUUAACGGAGAUUCUCAGCAACAAGGUUUGGAGCUUCGCAUUGCUCGAAGACAAAUGAGAGCAAACUGUAUCUUCGGAUUGAUAAGGUCGAUGUCGCACAAAUAUGAUCACAAAUCAUGUUGUGAUCUAUGUUCUUCGAUGUGAUGAGGAUAGUGGCGUGGAAGAACCGAUUCACCAGCUCGCGCCUCGGCCGCCUCGAUCUCGAGUACGCGGCUCGGGAAAUCGCUUUACACAAGGAGCUCACAGCAAUGGUCCGGAGUGCGCUCGUCGUGAAUCCGUCUGUCGAUCAGAUACCGACGGACGUCGACGGUUCCUACAUGUAGAAAAAACGGAAACAUCGAUCACGUAUAUCAAGUAGUAGUCCAGCUUUUUUGCAAUUCCCGUUCUGAGAGAAACAUGAUGGUUAGUCGUGAACUCACUGGUGUAUCUCUCCUGAUUCUCCGCCCUGAGACUCUC